GUUGACCUAAAAAUAUCAACAAAGAAGGUGAAGGUCAUCGAUUAAAAAUGGCAGCUGUGGAAGAUGAUAUUCCACAGAGAGAGGUUUCCCUGCCGCGAGAGGAGUCCCCCACCUCCCCCACCGUCCUGCCGUGGGACAAGUUCUCAAACUGGAUUCAUUGUGCGUGUGUUGUCACGUUCGAUUUGGAGCUGGGACAGGCGAUGGAGUUGAUUUAUCCUGGUCACGUGAAGCUGACAGACGUAGAGAAAACAAAUAUCUGUUACCUGUCCUUUCCUGAUUCAAAUUCAGGGUGUAUGGGGGACACACAGUUCCACUUUAGGAUCAGACAGAGCCCUGGGAGAAGACAGUUACCCAAGUCAAAGUUCCACAAGGACUACCCCCACCAGCUACAGACAGACAAUGGAUACCUUUAUGGUUUUGUGUAUUUUCGCCAAACCAAGGACAAAAGUAUAAAGAGAGGUUAUUUCCAGAAGUCCGUGGUGCUGGUUUCUAGGCUUCCCUUCGUGGCCUUGUUUAAUCAGUUAGUCAGUAUUAUUGCUCCAGAGUACUUUGAUAAUGGAGAGCCCAGUCUAGAAGCAGCCUGUCAUGACGUAGAUCAGUGGCCCUGUCCACUAGGGGGAGACACAGUCAGUCUGCCGAUAUUUGGGAAUGUUUUACAGGUCCGGAUCCCCUCGCGGACAGAUAAACUCCUGGACAGAGUUCCAGUGAAAACCACCGCAUCUCCUGUCUUACCAGCACCCACCAUCUUGCCAUCUCUGUAUGAAAUUGACAUUUUCAGUUCCUUCCAGACCAUACUUCCACAUAUACAGAUGUUAUGGGAGCUAGUUCUUUCAGGAGAACCUUUGGUUGUCAUGGCAGCUUCACCUUCUGUGACCUCAGCAGCUGUCCAAGCCUUGGUCAGUUUAAUUGGUCCACAGAAGUAUUGUUGUGAUUACAGACCCUACUUCACGAUUCACGACAGCGAAUUCAAAGAGUACACAACAAAAACUCAGGCCCCGCCUUCUGUUAUACUAGGUGUCACCAAUCCAUUCUUCGCCAAAACACUGCAGCACUGGCCUCACAUUAUAAGGAUAGGAGAAAUGAUGACUCAAGUGCCUAAAGGAUUUAAUAAAUUAAAGAAAGUCAGCAGCAUGAAGACACUAGAUGCCAAACCAGGUGUUUAUACUCGGUACAAGCCGUUUCUAGCCAAAGACAAAGGAAUCCUUAAACGAAUUAUCAAGGGCAUGCAGGCCAAGCGACCGGUGGAGGCCCAGAAUGCAAUUCUUCGACGCUACUUCCUGGAACUGACUCAGAGCUUCAUGAUACCCCUGGAACGUUAUAUGGGAGGUUUAAAGCCUCUACAAAGAAAUAUUUCUCCACACAAGUGCCCUCCGAGUCUACGCCCGUUUGACACUGACGAGUUUCUGAAGACCCUGGAGCGGUCGGGGCCCCAGCUGACAUCCGGGAUAAAGGGGGACUGGGAGGGGCUGUACAGGAGGUUCUUUAGGAGUCCAAACUUUGAGGGGUGGUACCAGCACCGGCAGACAGAGGUCAACCAGAAACUACAAGUUCUCCACAUGGAGGCUCUGUGUAGUGCUGUAAGUUCCCAUUACCAUUAAAAUCUGUUCUUUACU